AUGGCCAAGCGCAAGAGAGAAGAGACCGUCAAAGAGCCGCAAACUGCGCCCAAACCAUCCAAGGUGGUCAAGGCUGCAGAAAAUGCUCCAACCAUGACGGAUCCCUCGACACUGAAUGUGCAAAUCAUCACUGGAUCGUACGAGCGUGUGUUGCAUGGUUUUACUGCCGCCAUCCCCACUAGCGCUCUCUCCAAUGAGGAGAAGGAGUCGUCAAAACCUUCCUCUGUGCAAUUCGUGGAUACUUUCCUGUUUGAAGCUCAUUCAUCCGCUAUUCGAUGCCUUGCUCUGUCCCCGAUACCGAAGGCUGAUGCCCCCGAAGAACAACGAAGCGUCAUCCUGGCGAGUGGAGGAACAGACGAGCGGGUGAAUAUCUACUCGGUGUCUGCUGCUCCUAUUGUGGGAAGCGACCUGUACGCACCUAUCCCGACAUUGGGAGGCAAGAAGAUCCUCGAGAACCCAAAGAACCGAGAGCUGGGGGCGUUGCUGCACCACGACUCCAGUAUUACUUCUCUAUGCAUCCCAUCACGAUCAAAGAUCCUGGCCGCUUCGGAAGAUAACACCAUCUCGGUCAACCGAAUCCGUGAUCUCUCUAUCGUCUCCUCCAUCAAAGCUCCCCGACCCAAGACCCAGGGAAGGCCCAGUGGUGACACCGCCCCUGUCGGUGGUGCCCCCUCCGGCGUCAAUGAUUUUGCGGUCCACCCGAGUAUGAAGUUGAUGCUUAGUGUCGGGAAGGGAGAGAAAUGCAUGAGGCUCUGGAACCUGGUCACCGGGAAGAAAGCAGGUGUAUUGAACUUCGGCAGGGAUAUACUUCAAAGUGUGAAAGAAGGGAAGUGGAGUACCGGGGAAGGGAGAAGGAUUGUUUGGAACUCGAAGGGAGACGAAUUUGCUGUUGCAUUCGAAUGGGGAGCGGUGGUUUUUGGAAUCGAUUCUACACCGACUUGCCGGGUAUUCCCCAGCCCUCGAAGCAAACUGCACCAGCUGAGAUACGUCACUCUCGACCCGUCCGCAGAAGAUAGUGACGAACUCCUGGCCGUCUCUACCGAAGACGCUCGGGUGAUCUUCUACUCUACUAAGAAGGUCCAUAAGCCUGAGGAUGAAGAAGACUCUCCCAUCCCAUAUGCAGAGGCCGUGGCUCAGAUCGGUGGCAGGGCAUGUGGGGUGCCUGGCCGAGUGAAGGAUUUCGAAAUCAUGAGCCUCCAGGACGAGAGGAAGGAGUUUAAGAACGAUUUCCUGGUGACGACCGGAAGCAGCGAAGGUGUCGUGCGAGUAUGGCACUUGCGGGGUGAGGAGCUCACGGGGACGAAGGAGUCGAAGACCCAGGAUGAAAAGGCUUCUUCAACGCGCCAGGUGGGGAAAUUACUGGGUGCGUACGAGACAGCGUAUCGCAUCACCUGCCUGAAGGCGUUUGUGAUGUUAGCCCCGGAAGAACCAUCUGAACUGAUGGGAGGAGAGAGUGAAGAGGAGAGCGAGGAGGAGGAAUCGGAGAGCGAUGAUGAGUAG